CGAGCGCCGGCAGCGGGCGGGGCGCGGGAGCCGCGAGAUGGCGGCGGCCGGCGGCGGCAGCCGGGCGGACAACGGCUACGGCGGGCAGCAGGCGCGGCGCAGGAAGGGCCCGGGCGCGCUGGCCACGGGAUACCUGGUUAUCUACAACGUGGUGAUGACGGCGGGGUGGCUCGUUAUUGCAGUUGGUCUAGUUCGGGCAUAUCUGGCUAAAGGCAGCUACCACAGCCUUUACUAUUCAAUAGAAAAGCCCCUGAAAUUCUUCCAAACUGGAGCUUUGCUUGAGAUUCUGCACUGUGCACUUGGCAUUGUUCCCUCUUCUGUUGUUCUGACUGCUUUCCAAGUGAUGUCAAGGGUUUUCCUGACAUGGGCAGUAACACAUAGUGUAAAAGAGGUACAAACUGAAGACAGUGUCCUCUUGUUUGUAGUGGCCUGGACAAUCACCGAGAUAAUCCGUUACUCUUUUUACACGUUUAGCUUGUUAAACCAUCUCCCUUACCUCAUCAAAUGGGCCAGGUACACUUUGUUUAUAGUGUUGUAUCCAAUGGGAGUCUCAGGUGAAUUACUCACAAUAUAUGCUGCAUUACCCUUCGUCAGGCAGUCUGGCUUGUAUUCCAUUAGUUUACCUAACAAGUACAAUUUCUCAUUUGACUACUAUACAUUCCUGAUCCUGGUCAUGAUCUCUUACAUUCCAAUCUUCCCUCAGCUGUAUUUCCAUAUGCUGCAUCAGAGGCGAAAGGUACUCUCCCACACUGAAGAACAUAAGAAGUCGGAGUAAUUCCAACUCUUUUUCAGAACUUUUCAAACAUCAAAAUGCUGCAGUUUUUCAAUACCCAGCACAUUUGUAAAGAGUAUACCAAGAUAAGUCAGAGGUAAAAGACCAGUAAUUUAGUGAGAAUAACCAAUAAAUCUGGUUUCAGUGAAAUUCCAGGAUGUCAAACACUGAAAUAAUUUUCAGCUUGUAAUGCUUCAGAAAACUUUAACUUUAUAUGGCUUGGCAGUUAACCUUUUCCUUAAAUGAUGUGCUAAAUGGUUUUCUUUUAUUAUUAAAUGCCUGAAGGUUGCAGUAUGAGUGAUGAAAUUGUACCCUCUAAAUGCCUGAAUUGGGAUUAUAUUACUGAUACCUCUUUUUUUAAGUGCUUGACUGCAUGCCAGAAAUUGUAUGUAUUGCUGUGAAAGCAAACAAUGUACUCUGGAAUACUUCAGGAUAAUGUCAGAGACUUCAGUGGAGAAUGUAAUCUGGGCAAAGUAUUUAAGUUUAGAAAGGUAGGUUGUAUAUCUAAAAGGUGAUGGGAACAAGAACAAGAAACCAAUUAUGGAAAAUUAGGGGAAUGUGGUUCUUUAGGAAUUUAAACAGUACGGUGUCUGACCCCAGAGUGUGUUCUCUGAAGAUCUUGUUUAAGCUGAUCACUCAAAUGCUAGCAUUAACUCCAAGGCUGUAAUUCUUAUCUGAAACAUUAAAACUACCCCAAGUACUGCAUCCCUGAAUACUUUUUUAAUAUUAUAAAAAAAAAAAUAAUAAUAAUAUUAAACUCUAAUACUUCUAGUGGUAUCAGUAAUGAAUCUAAACAAUAUAAGGAGGUAGGCCACCCAGACACAGGUGCAGUUCUCCCUUUUUUACUAUAAAUUAUCAUCUCUAAUCACUGUCUGUGAUACUCAUCUUUCAGUGCUGAGGACUUCUUGGUGUCCUGUGUUUGGGGCCUUGUUUCUUAGCCUGACUUGUCUCAAGUGACUGAGGUCUGGCAUAUCCAAGCAGGCAGUUCCAGGAACUCAAAUUGUGAAGUGUUGAGAAGUCAUAGUCUGCUCCUUGCAGAGCAGAUUAUCUCACAUGUUAUAUCCUGCAUUUGCAGACUGGACAAGACACCGUUGUCUAUUCUUUGGAAAGAGUGGAAGACCACAAAAAGUUUUUUCCUAGGUGCUUUCUCUGGGUUCUCAGGCUUAACCUUCUCUUGAGAAGGUAAAAGGAAGAUGAAAGAGCUGAGAAAGCCUUGUGGUGAGGCAGAAAGCACUAGUGCUGUUUGAGCUGUGCCCCAAGUCUAGAGGAAACUUCUGAUUGGGAGUAAAAGGGUAGGGAAUGAUAGGAACAAAAUGAGAAGGGAAAUGAAUGAAUAUCCAAGCAGAAACUAAAGGAAAUGUGGGUUGACUUUGCUCUGUUAGGAAUUGAUGGCCAAAUAGUCCUGUGUGCAUCCAGUCAGAGCCACUAGACAAGACCAUGUGGGCUUCUCUGGCUUCCCUCAUUACAUGAUUUAGUGCAUGAAAGAGGUAUGACCUCUCAUGCUACCUGCAGUGCUGCCUCGUGCUGUGCCUGCCAGCACCUCCCCUUGACAUGACCCAGUUGUGUUUGACACAUCCCAGCUGUCCCUAAACACAGCCAGGACAUACUGAGGAUACAGUCUCUGUAUUCUAGCAGUUGGGAAGAGCUGGAUUUACAAUUAUCUAGGUUUAUGCUUGUCAGAGCUAUUAAAAAAAAAAAAAAAAAAAAGAAAAAAAAAAAA